ACACACACACACACACACACACACACACACACAUCUUCAAGGGGAUACUCCACAAUCAGCUGAUCGAUCAUUUAACGAUCGUACGCCAAGUUUAUAGCGUACAAGUGUUGUCAGUAAUGUGAGAGGAAUAAAUUUUACGACAAACACAUCAUGGCCACAUUAGUUGCGGCAGAUUACGCGGUUAUUGGUGUAUUAAUGUUGAUCAGUUCCGGCGUCGGUCUGUACUAUUCGUUCACUAGUGGCCGGCAGAAAUCGACCGAGGAAUAUUUCAUGGCGAACAAAUCGAUGCGAAUGAUCCCUGUUGCGAUCGGUCUGAUGGUUUCGUAUUUGUCGGCGGUCAGUCUGCUAGGAGUGAGCUCCGAGAAUUACGUUUACGGCACGCAGUACUCGGUGAUCAACAUCUCUUACGGCAUCGCCACGCCGUUCGCGGCCUACCUUUAUUUACCGGUGUUUUUCAAUCUCGGCGCUACGAGCAGUUUCGAGUAUCUGCAGAGGCGUUUCGGCACGGUCGCCAGAUUAGUAGCCAGUCUCGCCUUUUUGCUCCAGCUGCUUCUCUACACCGGCGUGGUGUUGUACGCGCCCGCUCUCGCCCUAGAAGCCACCACCGAUAUCACGAAGAACGUGAGCGUGAUGCUCAUCGGGUUGGUCUGUACAUUCUACUCGACGAUCGGCGGCAUCAAGGCGGUCCUCGUCACCGACGUGUUUCAGGGUCUGCUGAUGCUGAUCGCGGUCGUCAUGGUUAUCGUCACCGCGGCCGUCGACACCGGCGGCCUCGACGCAAUCUGGCAAAUCGCUCGCAACGGAUCCAGAUUAGAAUUCGAUAACGUCUCUCCGGAUCCGACUGUACGACACACGUGGUGGAGCUUGACAAUCGGCGGUUUCUUCACGUACCUGUCCUUAUACGGCGUUAAUCAGGUGCAGAUUCAGAGAAUGCUGACCGUGAGAAAUCUAAAAUCCGCUCAGCGCGCGUUAUGGUGGAGCUGGCCAAUGGCGUCGUUCAUGUCGCUCACACUGUGUUUCUCCGGACUGGCGAUGUAUGCGAAAUAUCACGAUUGCGAUCCGCUCAAGGAAGGCAGGAUCACUUCGACCGACCAAUUGAUGCCUUUUUACGUGAUGAACACGUUGUCCAGGUAUCCCGGUCUGCCCGGACUCUUCAUAGCCGGGAUUUUCAGCGCCGGACUCAGCACCGUCUCGGCCACGCACAAUUCCCUCGCCGCUGUUAUCCUUGAAGAUUACAUCAGGCCUCUCUGCCGUGUAAGAAAGAAAGAACUGUCCAAGAAGACGUUGAUAGUCAUCGGAAAAAUUUUGACCUUCGCAGUCGGACUGACGUGUGUGGCGGUCGCUUUUCUGGCGCAAUAUCUCGGCGGUUUGUUGCAGGCAGCCCUGACGAUCUUCAAUGUCGUUGGCGGACCUAUGCUGGGCUUGUACACGCUCGGUAUGUUCGUUCCGUCGUGCAAUCAGAAAGGAGCGAUCGCGGGUUUCGUUCUCAGCCUCGUGUUUUCUCUGUGGAUAGGAUUCGGUCAGCCGAAGGCGCCGAUUCCACGUCUGGGAGUCAGGACCGACGGUUGUGGAUUCAACGACACCGUUAUUGAGUAUCACGUAGUAGGCGAUGAAUCGUUAAUUCAUUCGACCUCGCGUUACGAGUAUCAGUCGGAGGAGAACGAGUCCUACUUCUAUCUUUAUCGCAUUUCCUACAUGUGGUACGGUCCGCUGGGAUUUCUUGUUGCGCUGAUCGCGGGAUGGAUCACUAGUUCGGUCGCGAGAUGUAUCGGUAAUGAGAAGGACUCAACAGAACACGAUCCCAGUUUGUUCAGUCCGAUUGUGGCGAAGUUGAUGCAGAAAACACAAAAAGAAGAACUCGAAUUUCGCAAUACGAUAACGUUUAAUAAAGAUAGAUAUUAGAAGCUAUACAGACACCGUCUCUAACGCAGACGAAUAUCUCCAAUUAACAAGUGUGAUAAAGCUGUAUAAUAUAUAAAUUAUACAGAAUUUUCUUAAAAUGUGUGUACAUAUAUAUAAUUACAUAUUUUUUUAUUUAUGUAAAGUAAGCUUAAAUAAAACUUUUUUUUUGCGCAAAAAGCAGAGAGUUCCAGAUUCGACUGGACAAAGUAGUUUUUAUAGAUAGUUUUUGAAAUACUGUUUUUCACAUUUUUUAAUUACAGCGAAUAUUUUGCGUAUUUAUGUUAAAAAUCAAGCAUUCGAUAUCUUCGAAUAAAAAACUUGUGUAUAAUUCAGCGUUAUUCUUAUUCGAAGUCUGAGCUUCUCGUGAG